GUCGUGGAAGGUCUGAGCCGGAGCCGGAGCCGGAGCCACGAGCCAUCCGCAGGCGUCCGUUGCUCAAGAACUACGGGGUAUUAUUGCAGAUGGCCCUGGAGGACCCGGAACUCUUGCGUGCGAGCUGACCCCGAGCUGACCUGGCAGAGGAGCUUGCUUGGAGAAAACUUCGUUGAACCCUCAGCCGAUGCCCGGGGCAGCGAAGGGAGAGAGCGAGGGACAGAGGCGCAAAGGGGACAGCGAGCGUGACUGGUACCGAAGGGAGCGCGACCAGGACUGAUCCUCCGCUCUCGACUGGAAGCGCGUUCUUCCGACGCGGCGGCGACCGUGAGUUGCGUGAGUCUUACGGGGAGCGUGACUGGAACUGGCGCUACAUUUCGUAGUGUGGACAGCGAGGGAGCAGAAGCACAGAGCCUGUGGUAGCAUUACCACUCUGGAACAGGCCUAUACGAGGAACGGGCGGAACCUGAUGUUGCCAUGGAGACCGGAGUCAUUGCCGUGGAAAUGAAAGAGGGUGGAAGAGAGGGGGCUGGUGAAGACGACGAUGAAGUGUCAGGGUCUCAGAAUCAUGACAGUCGUUCCAACACUUCAUUAGAGAGGGAGGUGAUGGCUGUAGUGACCAGUCACGUGAUGUUCCAGUGGUCCCGCCUUCUCCGACCAACCUACUCUCCCCGAAUAUCGAUCAGUAUAACGCCAACUGUGUCCACAACCUAUGUAUACCAGACCGACUAUACCGGACUAUAAUAACAGGGGCACCUCGGAGUCGCUACGUCCCUAUUCCGUACUACAGAUCGACCUCUCUCACAACACCUAAUUUCGAAAUGGCACCCGAUGAUGCGGUGUGUGUGGUCUCCCAUAUUCCAUUGCUGGAAAGCCAUCAGCUCAGCAAAGUCCAGACUCUCCCUGAGACAAGUUACUGUUCCCGAGAGUUUACGAGCUGGUCUGGAAACAGAUACAGGAGGUCUCCAGCUGCUAGGCUAACAACAAUCAUUGAUCUCGGGUCGAGCGGGGACUGUCCCUAUGUCCACUGAGUCACGUGACCAGGCCCCUGCGAUGUCAUUGGUCGAACGAGAGUGUGAUGAUGUCAUAGACAGUAUGGUUGCCGCGGUAGCCAGUAGUGGAGACGAAGAGGCCGAUGAAGAGGGAGAAAAGGGCGAGGUCUCUGAGGAAGAAAAGGUUCGUUGGUGACCAAGUCAGCUACCACCUCUACUUCCACUAAACCAACCAGCGAAGGUGGACAUCAAGUCGCAGGAAGAGACAGCCAAUUGUUUGGGAUGAGCCAUCUUCCUCAGCUCCAUCAUCAAGUGGCGGUCCCAGAACUCAGUCAAAAAGAGCCAUCGUCAAGAUUCAGAGGGGCACCUAAGUUAUGGAGGUAAUAGGGAACAUGGAGAGCAAAGUACCAUUGUUAGAGCGGAACAGUAUGUGUGUGUAUGUGUAUGUACUACACCUACAAGCACA